AUGUUUGUUUUUUCUUUUCUUUUCUUUUUAGUUGGAGCAUGUGCACAUUUAACAUCAUUCUAUGGAACUGACACUAUAUCUGGAUGUAUAUUAGCUGAAAAUUAUUAUUUAGCUAAGAAAAUAGCUGGUAAUUCAAUUCCAGCAACAGAACAUUCAACAAUAGUCAGCUGGGGACGUGAAAAAGAAUGUGAUGCUUAUGAAAAUUUUAUAG